CGAAGUACCUUGGAGGCUCGAUUGAGCUUAGCUUUCUUGUAUAAUGGCUGAUUUGCCUGCGCGACCACCUGCGCCAGCGCCGCCGCUCCCCGCAGGCUGGACAGAACACAAAGCGCCUUCUGGGCACACCUACUACUUCAACAAGGAGACGAAGAAGUCCACAUAUACACGACCGGUCGCAGAAGUUCCUCAGUUUCAACACCUUCCUCCCGCCGCACCCUUGUCAUUUACUCCGCCGCAAAAUGAUACCUACAAUGCCCAAUCUGCUCAGCAUGGAUACAAUCCUCAGCAGCAGAUGCAAGACCUUAUCUUCGGCGGCGCGCCAAGGCAAGCUUUCCAGCAUAGUGGUCAGCAGAGGGGCGGACAUCGUGGUGGUUUCCGAGGAGGGCAGAACAGCUUCUCGGACAGAAGACGCAAGAAUGAUGAUAAGCCCAAGCACCGUAACGACAUACCAAACUGCGCGCCAUGGGUCCUCGUGAAGACAAAAUUUGGGAGACGAUUUGUUUGGAACAAGGAGACGAACGAGAGCUUUUGGAAGUUCCCACCGCGCGUAAUGAAGGCUGUCGUGGAGUUCGAUCGCAAGCAACGCGAAAAGAAGGAGCGCCGGGAACGCGGGGAGGCCAGUGAUGUGGAAGACGAGGAAGACACCGCCAUGGCAGACAUCGAGGCAGAGCUGGCCGCGGGUGAAGAAGAGGUGGAGAUUGUCGAGGUAGAUGGUGAGGAAGGCAUGGAGAAUGAUGAGGAGUAUGAGGAGGUUGAAGUCACAGAUGAUGAGGGAGAAGGAGCAGAGAGCGCGCCAAAACGGAAACGGACUGAAGAGCCAAGUGGUGACCUACCACAAGCGGCAGAAGACGACGAUCUGGCAUGGCAACUAGCACAGAUGGAAGAGAUGGAGAUGGGUGAAGGCUACGAGGAGGAAUACGCAGAAGACUACGAGGGCAAAGAACCAACAUUGACGGAAGAAGACUGCAAAGUGCUGUUCAAGGAGCUUCUGGAUGACACGCGGAUAAGUCCGUACACGCCCUGGGACAAGAUCCUUGAGGAUGGCACGCUCUACGACGAUGAACGCUACAAAGCCCUUCCCAACAUGAAAGCACGAAAAGACUGCUUCGACGAAUGGGCACGCGACAAAAUGCAAUACCUCAAAGAAGAGAAAGCAAAACAACAAACGCGCGAUCCCAGGAUACCAUACCUAACCUUCCUCGAUCGCUACGCAACACCCAAGCUUUACUGGCCAGAGUUCCGACGAAAGUACAAGAAAGAGCCUGAAAUGAAGGAUACCAAGCUCUCUGACAAGGACAAAGAGAAGCUCUACCGCGACCACAUCAAGCGCAUCGGCAUGCGACACUCUGAUCUCAAGUCCGAUCUCUCGGCCCUUCUGCGCGCACAACCACUCGCAUCUCUCAACCGCUCAACAACCAUCGACACACUUCCUCCCGCCAUUCUCACUGACUUGGCGUACAUUUCACUGCCGCCAUCGACGCGUGACUUGCUCAUCGAGACCUAUAUCUCCACACUGCCAGCUGCGCCAGAAGGCGCCGCAGCGUCUGCUGAGGAGGAUGCUGAGCGAGCGAAGAAGCGAGCAGAAAGGGAGAGGAGGGAGAAUGCGCUUGCUGAGCGCGAGAGAAGGGUGCAAGCAGAGAAGCGCAAGCAAGAGCGUGACCUGGCCUACGGCAAAGGCAGACUUAGGGAGGAGGAAGAGGAGAUCCAACGAGCGCUGAAAGUAGGAAAGGAAGGAUUGAAGGCCCAUCUGGACGCGUAGACAUCUCACAUAUUUAGGAUACCCAUAUCGAAUGCACCAAGCUUUGCCAAGCUGUAUCACGCUUGCAUCUAUCCUUUCUGGCGGCGAGCCAUGUUUGCAACCAAUGAAAGCAUAUUGAACUUGCGCGAAGCAUCAGCCCUACAACUCUCAGGGUCCUUGCAAGCUUCGGAAUGCGGAAGCGACAGUGCUACGGGUAGCGUGUUUGCAAGAUAGGGAAGCGGAUCAUUGUAUCCGUAGCUGUCCAGCAUCCACGAUGGUUACGUAGAUCUUCCCAACACUGAG